UCACUCAACUAUAAUUUGGAGCAUGCAUGCAUGAACACAACCAACAUGAAGAAGUUACAAGGUGACUGUGUCUCUUGGCUGGUCCUUUUGAUUGGAGUUGCUCAGCUCCUACUAGUGUGUGGAGAGGUUGUGUGCCUGUCUCUCCCUCCCCUGAACAAUGGAACAGUCUCAUACAGCGACUUAACACUGGGUCUGAACACUAUGGCCACCUACACCUGUAUCCCUGGCUACACUCUCAAUGGAAAUAGUACCAGGACUUGUGGGAAUGUUGGAGAGUGGAGUGGGUUUUCUCCAUAUUGUCAGCACAUAGGACUGACUGAUCCUCCCACCUGCUCUGACCUAACUAAUCCGACCAAUGGAAUGAUCAACUACAAUAAUAUGGGGACUGUUAGUAUGAGACCAGUGGGAACUGUGGCCACCUUCACCUGUGACACUGGCUACAUUCUCGAUGGAAACCCCACUAGGACUUGUGGGAGUGAUGGAGUGUGGAGUGUGUCAGCUCCUAUUUGUCUGCAAAAACUGAUUUGUUCUGACCUCACUCUCACCAAUGGAUACGUUACCUAUGGCAGUGAUAGAUCUACUGACAACAGACCAGUGAACACUGUAGCUUUCUUCCACUGUAAUCCUGGCUACACCCUCAAUCUCACUGGAGGGAGCUUGCUCAGGGUCUGUAUGAGUAGAGGGAUCUGGAGUGGGUCAACUCCAACUUGUCAAUACAUAGGACUGACUGAUCCUCCACCCACCACCUGUUCUGACCUGACUAAUCCAACCAAUGGAAUGAUUGGCUACAAUAUGGGGACUAGUAGUCAGAGACCACUGGAUACUAUGGCCAUCUAUACCUGUGAUACUGGCUACACUCUCAAUCAUGAUACCACACGCAGGGUCUGUGUGAGUGGAGGGAUCUGGACUGGGUCAGCUCCAACCUGUCAAACCAUUGAGUGUCCUCCUCUACCAACCAUUACCAAUGGUAUGAUCUCCUACUCUCCUGAUGUCACCCCUGACUAUGACCUGGGAACUGAGGCAACCUACACUUGUGAGGCUGGGUUCUAUCUUGAGGGACCGACUGCUGCUCCAUCCACCACAUGCUCUGACCUGACUAAACCAACCAAUGGAAUGAUUGCCUACAAUAUCGAGACUAAUAGUCUGAGACCAGUGGACACUGUGGCCACCUACACCUGUGACACUGGCUACACUCUCAAUGGAGACACUACCAGGGCUUGUGAGAGUGGUGGAAUGUGGAAGAUACUCUGUUCCGACCUCACUCUCAUCAAUGGAAACAUUGUCUACAAUGUUGGAUCCCCUGACAACAGACUUAUCUUCUCUACAGCUACCUACAGCUGCAAUCCUGGCUACACUAUCACUGGAGGGAGCACUACUAGGGUCUGUGUGAGUGGAGGGAUCUGGACUGGGUCAGCUCCAACCUGUCAAACUAUUGAGUGUCCUCCUCUACCGACCAUUACCAAUGGUAUGAUCUCCUACUCUCCUGAUGUCACCCCUGACUAUGACCUGGGAACUGAGGCAACCUACACUUGUGAGGCUGGGUUCUAUCUUGAGGGUAAUGAGGUACGAGUGUGUAUGGAUGAUGAUGGAAUGGACGCCAUUGGAGGGUGGAGUGGUCGGGAGCCAAGCUGUGUCCUCAUCACUUGUCCCCGUCUCCCUGAUCAUACCCACACUUCAAUAACCUACUCUACUGACACCACACCACCUUUCACCAUUGGAACACGAGCAAUGUACACCAUCAACUGUCCUGAGGGCAUGGAGAGAGACGGAGGAGAUGAUGUGAGGACUUGUACUAGUGAUGGCAAUAGUAUCAUAGGGGUGUGGAAUGGAUCUGCUCCAACCUGUACAGCUCAGAAGGUGUAUCUAUCUCAUGGGAACACACACUACUAUGCCAACAACACUGCAGUCAUCAUUUCAACCAUUAUGACAACAAAUGACACAUCCUUGACCUGUCACACUGACUCAACCACCUGCUGUAGAGGUGUUGACAAUCCAGUGAGAUCUAAUGGUUUCGGAGAAUGGUUUUUUCCUAUUGGAGAGAGUAUUGCUCGGAACAGUGUCACUGGUGAUGGGUUUUAUUGGACAAGAUUCUAUCAAGCUAUCAGACUGUAUCGUCAAGCAACACAAUGUGACCCACUGAUAAAUACUCCUGAUAAUGGAAAUGUGAUUUACUCAAAUCAAUUGGACGAUGGCAAGUACACCUUUGGAACCGUAGCCACAUACACCUGCUCUCCCGGCUAUGGUCUGAGAAGUAUAGAGAAUCGAACAUGCAUCACUGUUGAUGAUGGAGGUACAGUCGGGAUAUUCAGUGGAAGUGAACCAACUUGUGAUCCCAUUGAGUGUCCUCCUCUACCGACUAUUACCAAUGGCAUGAUCUCCUACUCUCCUGAUGUCACCCCUGACUAUGACCUGGGAACUAAUGCAACCUACACUUGUGAGGCUGGGUUCUAUCUUGAGGAUAAUGGUAUACGAAUGUGUGUUGAUGAUAAUAGAAUGGACGCCAUUGGAGUGUGGAGUGGUCGGGAGGCAAGCUGUGUCUCCGUCCCCCCUCCUGUACGUUCAGUGUUAUUCCAGCUCAGACUCACCAACAUCAACAACUGUCCUGACUGGGUGGUGAGUGCUAAGAAUUUCCUAAAGCAAACAGUACUGUUUCUCUCUCUACAGGACCAGGAUGGGAGGAUAGAAGCUGUGAUGAGCACAUUUGCUGCCGAGGUGGAGAGUCACUGUGGGUGUGGUUUCUCAAGCAUGGUCAUGACUGCCCCUCUCUUCCGCUGCUUCCCUGGGUCGGACAGAGCUGUUACAUUCCGAGCCACUCUAACCGAUUCCAGGCUCCUCACUCCCAUACAAGACUGGAUACAAAGCAAUGGAUUCAUUCCCAUUCAGAAUGUACUGAUUGAAAUGGACAAGUCUUGUCCAGUACAGAUAUUGAGCCAUACAGACACAGAGUGCACCAAUCAGCCUACAGCUGCAGGGAGCAGUGACAUAGCCGCUGUGGUCGGUGGAGUGGUGGGAGUGAUCAUUGUGGUUGUGGUGGGCGUUGUCAUCAUAGUGAUUGCUGUACUGUUGUUCAAAAGCAGGAGAGAGAAUUCGAAGCUGACCGUCCACAGUAGAACAAAGCAUGACCUACCACCACCAGUAUCGCUAAAGGGUGUGGUCAGUACUGGUGAGACACAACCAUACGAGAUGAUUGAAAUGGGUCACGAAUACGAGGAAGUGUCCAAGUUCCAACAGGCCGUCGGUGGAGAGUAUGACAUCAUUGGAGCACCCUCACAGACAACUGGCUCCGAGAGCAAGACUCCUAUAAAGACUGAGUUGCUACUGCCCACUCCACCCACUCCACCCACUCCACAACCCUCACAAGCGACUAAAGCUCCCGGAAAUGAUAUUGAGUUUACAGAGUGCGUUGCUUACAGCACGACCACCCACAGUCGCCCCCCACAGUCCACAAGCUUGUGA